CAGCUGCAUCGAGGUUUGACAAAGGAUUUGGAGGCUGUCGCCAAGAAGUACAAGGCUAGUCGUGAACGCGUGGAUGCCGAACUUGAAAGUGAUGCAAAGGCUCUUCGCGAAGCUAAUGCGCAAUCCGAGAAGGCAUUUUUGGAACAGUUCAAACAGAAAUUGGAUCGUAGUGUGAGCUCACGAACCCUGCGAAAGGCGGUGUUUCGUGAUGUGCGUGACACCUUCAGCAGCGGAAGUGCAGUGUUGCGAACACCGCCAGACAUUCCGAAGUCAGUGGAGGAGCUCUACAUUGAGGCUGCCAACUUCCUACACCAACAGGAGGCCACGUCAAGCUCCCAAAUGGCGCAUCUGAAAGAAGUGCAUCAGAAGAAACUCGGCCAUCUUGAACUUCAAUUGUUCUCAGAGCAAUACGAACUCAACAUGAACUUCGCUAAAAUGCAGGGCAGGAUGGAGCAACGUCAUAUGCACAUGCGCCAUCAAUUGGCGCGUAGUCAGCUGAAGGACUUUGCAUUGGCGGACAGGCAGCUCUUGGCGAAGCGGCUGGCCUCUCAGCUGGUGGAACUCCGCGAGGCAGCAGAAGCAGAUAAGACGCAACUUCAUGAAUCUCAAAUGCUUGAGAAGAAAAUCUUCCUAAAGAAUGAAAGGGCGGCUCGAAAGAAGAGGAUGUCCAUGUACCAAAGAAAGCUAAGAGAGGAUGGUCCUCCGGAUGGAAUGAGCGUUAAAGAGGCAUUAGCAAAGGCAUGUCACUCCAUGACUUCAUAUUACUCCACCUCUCCGCCCCAAUUAACUGCAGUUUCCUUUGAUGCUCUUCUCCGACUGGAUAAGCAUCAUCAAAUGCAGACACAGGCUCUGGAUCGCGAGAUACUGAGUUACUUUGUGGAGUUGGAUGAGCAACAGUGGGAGAAGAAGAUCAUGUUGGCUAAUCAGGAGACUAACCGGUUAAAGGAACUCGAUGAUGAACACAAACAGGAGAUGAAGGCCCAUGCGGAACGCCUCCAGCGCAAAAUUAUGCAACUCCGUGAAAAAUAUGAGAAAGAGGUGACCGAUCGGGCCGACGUGACGUCGCUGAAGCGGCACUCUGACACGCUACCACCGCCGGGCCCCGGAAAUCGAAGCAGCCACCACCUGUUCGGCAGACAUCCCGGAAUUACUUCAAGCUUCGAAUCUUUACUAAUUACAGAAUGCAUUCGUCGAAAUGAGGUUCGAUAA